AUGUGGUCCUGGCGCUUCUGGGUCUGUUGGGGACCUCUAGCUGCCUUACUGCUCCUGAAGAUGCCACCAGUGGGUCAGGCACUGCCUCCUAUUCGGUAUUCUCACGCUGGGAUUUGCCCCAACGACAUGAACCCCAAUCUCUGGGUUGACGCUCAGAGCACCUGCAAGCGGGAGUGUGAAACGGACCAGGAGUGUGAGACCUACGAGAAAUGCUGCCCCAACGUCUGUGGCACUAAGAGCUGUGUGGCUGCCCGAUAUAUGGAUGUGAAGGGCAAGAAGGGCCCUGUGGGGAUGCCCAGGGAGGCCACCUGUGACCACUUCAUGUGCCUGCAGCAGGGCUCCGAAUGUGAUAUCUGGGAUGGCCAGCCUGUCUGCAAGUGCAAGGACCGUUGUGAGAAGGAGCCCAGUUUCACCUGUGCUUCCGAUGGUCUCACUUACUACAACCGCUGCUAUAUGGACGCGGAGGCCUGUUCCAAAGGCAUCACGCUGGCCGUAGUCACCUGUCGAUACCACCUCACCUGGCCCAACACGAGCCCGCCGCCCCCAGAGACCACCCUCAGCCCAACCACCGUCUCCCCAGAGACCCCCAUGAUGGACGUGGCAGCCCCUGCCUUGCUCAAUCACCCUCACCACCAGUCUGUCCGUGUGGGGGAGACAGUGAGCUUCCUCUGCGACGUGGUGGGCCGACCUCGGCCGGAGAUCACUUGGGAGAAACAGCUGGAGGACCGGGAAAACGUGGUGAUGCGGCCCAAUCACGUGCGCGGCAAUGUGGUGGUCACCAACAUCGCCCAGCUGGUCAUCUACAAUGCCCAGCCCCAGGAUGCCGGCAUCUACACAUGCACGGCUAAAAACGCGGGGGGACUUCUUCGUGUGGAUUUCCCUCUGUCCGUGGUGCGGGGGCAGGUGGCCACCUCGGAGCUCGGGCCCAACGGGACCGCCUUCCCUAUGAAUGAGUGCCUGAAGCCGCCGGAUGGGGAGGACUGUGGGGAAGAGCAGACCCGCUGGCACUACGAUGCGCAAGCCAACAACUGCUUCACUUUCACCUUUGGUAACUGCUACCACAAUCACAACCACUUUGAGACCUAUGAGGCGUGCAUGCUGGCAUGCAUGAGCGGACCGUUGGCCGUGUGCGGUCUGCCCGCCCUGCAGGGCCCCUGCAAAGCCUACUCCCCUCGCUGGGCAUACAACGCGCAGACCAGCCAGUGCCAGUCAUUCGUCUACGGAGGCUGCGGGGGCAACGGCAACAACUUUGAGAGCCGAGAGGCUUGUGAGGAGACCUGCCCCUUCCCGCGGGGCGGCCAGCGUUGUCGCGCCUGCAAGGCCCGGCAGAAGCUGGUCACUAGCUUCUGCCGGAGCGACUUUGUCAUCCUCGGCAGAGUCUCCGAGGUCACGGAGGAGCUGGACUCGGGACGGGCUCUUGUGACUGUGGAGGAGGUACUGAAGGAUGAGAAGAUGGGGCUGAAGUUCCUGGGCCAGGAGCCGUUGGAGAUCACCUUGUUGCACAUGGACUGGGCCUGCCCAUGCCCCAACAUAACCGUCAGUGAAGCCCCACUCAUUAUCAUGGGAGAAGUAGAUGGAGGAAUGGCAGUGCUUCAACCAGACAGCUUCGUGGGGCCUUCCAGCGUCAGGAGGGUCAGGAAGCUCCGGGAGGUCUUGCACAAGAAGACCUGCGAGCUCCUUAAGGAGUUCCUUGGCCUGCGUUGA